AUGUCAGGAAAAGCACAACAGGGGAAAUUGGCCGCAGCCAAGAAAAAGUUAAAAGAAUAUUGGCAGAGAAAGAGCCCUGGCACUCCAGCAGGAGCUAACAGGAAAAAGAAAAUCAAUGGCAGUAGCCCUGACACAGCCACAUCUGGUGGUUACCACUCACCUGGGGAUUCAGCAACAGGUAUCUAUGGAGAGGGCCCUGUGUCAUCUGCUACCCUGAAGGAUCUGGAGGUAAGAGGCCCUGGGCCGAGGUGCAGUGACCCUGCAGGCCAGCCCUCCAACCUCCUCCCACAGCAGGGGCUUGUUGCCCCUCUGCCAGCUGAGACAGCCCACACCCCGCCCCCAGCCCUAAUGAUUGUACCGUCUACCCCUCCCCACAAUCUUCCUCCAACUCCUCCUCUCUGCAUGCACCUCAGAGCCAGUAUCAAGAACUACCAGUAG